AUGAGGACAGUCAAACUCUCUACGGCAGCUAUUGUCGAAGACUAUGAAAAGACACGCGGCUUGUCCCAAUCAGAUCUUAAUCUCCUUAAGGAGGCUUUUCAGCCUUGUUUUUAUCCUCCAAUGUAUACAUGGGCAUUAAUGGCAAAAGAUUCAAAAAGAAGGAAGCUUUUUGCCAUGCUCCAGUGUGCUCAUGGAAAAGAUAAAGUCGGAAUGAAGACAAGAAAAUGCACAGAAAUAUUAAAUGAUCCAGAAUUUGUUUUGAGAACAGGUCAAUAUACAAUCGACUUAAACAGAUCUUUCAAUCAGAACGUUAUCCUUCAGAAAGAUCCUCGCCAUUACUACUCAGCUAUCAGAGAGUUCGGCGUUUUCGAAUACGGAGGUGAAAGACCAAGUACAACAACAGUAAGAACAAGAUCGAUUAACAUGGCACCUUCUGUUGGCCAUUGCUAUGCUAAGAAGCUUUUCAAUCCAGAAUUUUAUCAGAAAUUUUAUCCGUUUGUUGAUACAAAUGCUACGUACUUAAAGAUACUCACUGAUUACUGCGAGGAGAAAGCUAAGGGCUAUCCAAUCAACCCACUUUCCGGAACAAAUCUUGAUCCAUACCAAGAAUCAAAAAUUGUUAAAGGAACACUUAAGGAAGACCACAUCUAUGAGAAACCACCAGGCCAUCGUACUCGUAAUCUUGGCGAUUCUACAACAGGCUCUCGUCCGUUAACAACCGGUGGAUCAACAGUUGUAUCAAGAUCCAUGAAUGCAAAUCCAAUACUUCCUAGAAGUAACUACAUGGAGAACUUUACAGAGGAACCAUUCAAGAAUUUGAUCAUGACGAAGUCAAUCAAACCAUUGAAGACUCCAUCUCCAUUCUCCAGAUUCCCAGAUACAAAGGAGGUUUCAAUGUCCAUCUCAAGAGAACAAUACAUGGAACAAGCUACAAUGAAUAAGCAAUGCGGUAUCAAGAACCGUGAGAUCUAUCAAUCAAAGACAUGCCUUUAA